AUGUCUAACCUAAUGCAUCCAUUAAACGCGCAACAUUUACAAUCCUGCAAAGCGGAACUUUGUAAACACGCUGAAUUUUUUCAAUAUGGUCAAGCUGUCAAUGAAGUAUUUGGUGCAGAUAACCAUAACACUAUCAGAGAUUGGUUGAUGAAUUUGCAAGAAGAAAAUCCUCAUCGAGAGUCUGAACCUGUUAUCACAACAACACUUGCCUCAAAGUCUGAUGAUGAGAGGUUGCAAAAUCAUGAUGCUGAGAUAUUGCAAAAUCAAAAAGAAGAAAAUAAUCGGCAACUUGAGCAGCAUAUAAAUCGUAUCAAUUUAAUGAUUGUGAACAAAGAAAUGGAUCAUAAGGAAUUUUGCAAAGAUAUUGGAUCAUUGAUGUCUAUGCCUUUUGCUCAAGUGCAAAUUAUAUGCGAUGGUCUAGAUUUUACCUUAAUGCCGGAAGAUACCUUCGAUUCAUUCUUUCAAGAAUUCGCCAGAAAUGUAGAUAUUCCUUAUCAAAGUCACAUAAUGCUAAUCAGAACUGCAUUCUUCAAGAAGGUUUGUAACCUGUCCGCCAAUCCAUCGCGUAAUUUUUUAGCUACUAUAAUGAAAACUGCAAGUGUUAAAAAUAAACCAAUAAUAUAUGGUUUAUUGUUGCCGUUAAUGAAAGAUACACAAAAAAUUGGUCGGCCCCAGCUAGAUAUAAUCACGCGUAUAAUAAAGGAGGAACUUUUUCGCGACACCACAUCGUCAUCAGUAGCAACGACAGACAACGGAACAACCGAACAAUCACGAUAUUUCCUUGGGAAUGAUUGGAAAGACUUAACAAUCGAGAUAUUGAUUGUAAUUUUUAACAAGAAAUUUUCGUUACGGGAUCGUGAUCUCUUGAUAUCAUUUUUAUCCCACUUGAAUCAUAAUAUAGAACAACAACCAGAAAAUAAAAAAUUAGCACAGAUUAUGUUAUUACUAGUUACAAAGCAUGGUGACGACAUCUUGAAUGAAUUGGAUUACGUGAGGUCGAUUGCAGACAAAAUCAAUACAUUUAUGAAAAAAUCACUUUUGAAUAAUAUAGAAUUAUUGAAAAGACAAUGUAAAAAUAUUAUUUCGUAG